AUGUGUUAUACGCAUUAUGUCAUUAUUGCUCAUCAAGGAAGCCCGCUGACGUCAGAAGGCACACCGUCGAAUCUCUCAAGCUUCUUCACCUCUCAUCCUGAACAUCGUCACUUCUACAAAGGUGCUGAGAACUACACUGGUGAUGAUGUGGAAAAGAGCGAGAGAUUUGACAAAUUGGGAGACGCUAUACUCUUGUUCGUGCACGUCCUGGCUAAUGUCUGUGAAAAUGAAUCGGUGUAUCGAUCAUUUGUGCGCAGAGUUAUGUAUGAGCAUUUCGAUAGAUCAAUUGAUCCUGCACUUUGGAAGCCAUUCUGGGAUUACUGGGUAGGAUUUCUAGAAAGCAAAGGACCAGCUUUGACUGCAGAACAAAAAGAGGCAUGGAAGAAUUUUGGUACUGUGUUCAACGCUGAAUGCCAAGCUUACCUUACACGAAUGGAGCGCCCGCAUGCGUAAAAUGUCUUCCUUUGGUCAUUUCUUAGCUAGUCUGCGCAAUAAAUUUUACCGAUCA